AUGAACUGGACUGCUGCCACGUGCUGGGCUCUGCUGCUGGCCGCCGCCUUCCUCUGUGACAGCUGUUCGGCCAAAGGCGGCCGCGGAGGAGCUCGAGGCAGCGCCCGCGGGGUACGCGGAGGCGCGCGUGGGGCAUCGAGAGUGCGCAUACGGCCGGCACCCCGCUACGGCUCCUCUCUGCGUGUGGCGGCUGCAGGGGCAGCUGCAGGGGCUGCAGCAGGUGUGGCUGCGGGCCUUGCCACCGGCUCUGGCUGGAGGAGGACCUCGGGACCUGGAGAGUUAGGCCUGGAGGACGAUGAGAACGGGGCAACUGGAGGCAACGGAACUGAUCGAGGAGUCUACAGCUACUGGGCCUGGACUUCGGGCUCUGGGUCCACUCCCAGCCCACGUAUCUGCCUGCUUUUAGGUGGCACCCUUGGUGCCUUAGAAUUGCUUUGGCCCUAG